GCAAGAUCGCGGCUAAGUGUUGCGAAUGUUUAGGAGUGCGGCCAAUAGUUAUUAAACAGAGCUUCGAAGCUCCAGCACUGGUCAUUGUAUCUUUUCGUGCUGGCUGCAAUCCAGUUGCACCUCCUACUUGUCUCCACCCCACGACAAUUGUUGGUUUCCCACCCAUGCGCCUUUAUCGCGGUUCGCUACUGAGUAGCUGCAAGACAUAGGAGGGAGGAUAUAUGGCGGAGUCCUCAGGCAACAUCAGUGAGCCUGGUGCGCUGCGGGCUUCUGCGUCUACUGAAUUUCCCAUUGGCGAUACAUAUGAGAGUACAAGCUCAGAAGAUUUGCGUAAAGAUCCCAAGUACAGGAGAUACCUCAAUGCGGUGGACAAGAUUCUUCUAUCAUUUGACACAAUUAGCGAAUGGGCUGACGUGAUAGGCUUCUUGACCCGACUCGCUAAGACGCUUCAAGCGCACUCCAGCCAUUCAGCUAUACCACAGAAGCUAGUGAUUGCAAAACGUUUGGCGCAAUGUCUGAAUCCUGCGCUACCAGCGGGGGUACAUCAAAAGACGUUGGAUGUUUACGGACUGAUUUUCGAGGCCACUGGUACGACGCAAUUAGCGGAGGAUCUACCCCUUUGGUCGUGUGGACUAUUUCCAUUCUUGCAGAAUUCGCCAACAACGGUGAAGCCGCAAGUUCUGGCUCUGUACGAAAAAUAUUAUCUACCCUUGGGCUUGCGUUUAAAACCAAGUCUUAAAGCAUUGAUAUUAGCACUUCUUCCCAGUUUAGAGGAAGAGAAUAAUGAAUAUUUCGACAGGGUUAUGGGAAUUUUGGAUGGCCUCGUACGCAGCGUUGGUCAAGGAUAUUUCUACCAUUGUAUUUGGCUUUCGUUGAUAUCCGUGCCGCACUUGCGCUUAGCCGCUGUAAACUAUCUACUUCGGCGAAUGCCAAAAGUAUCCUCCGCAGAAGACGUCGCUGUGGUGCUUGGAAACGAUACGAGCUUGUUGGCGAGGGCAUUAUCCGCAGUGUUGGAAGACAGAGUCCUGCUGGUGCAAAGGGGGGCAUUAGAAUUGCUGCUGGUCCAUUUCCCUUUGAAAUAUGGCCUCUUUCACGGGCCCGACCUGGUUUUACUGCUCGGUGCAUCGGCAGGCGUUGUUUUACGCAAAGACAUGUCUCUCAAUCGCCGGCUUUACGCAUGGCUACUAGGGUCAGCCGACAGUAAACUUUUGGCAGAUGAUUGUAGAUUUCCUCUGACUUCGGCAUUGAGGGCUAUGUUCUAUACUCCCAGCGCCGAUUUUUCUGAGAUCUCCAAACCGUAUAAAAUAAUGAUAUCUUUAAUGGACAAGACUGAAAUCGGACAACCUUUGCUGCGCGAUCUUUUUCCUAUCAUUUUCCACUCCCUGAAAAAGCAGAUGGAGUCUUCAACCCAUCAGACAGAGCUAUUGCAAACGGCGACGAUGUUUUUAGAUAUGGUAGACCCUCUGCUGAUUUGGACGCAAUUGUACCGCAUUGUACGCAAAGCCUCGCUCGAAUCCAUGGACAAAGUCGAGGGUUAUGAGCUCUUCGAUUUUGCGCUUUCGACCUUCAAAUGGAGUGACGACGAGACCCAACGUGUUCAUUUGCCGUUUUUGUUCAAAACCAUGACCAAUCGACUUACGACGUUACCGUCUCUUCCCGAAACUCUUGCUAAUUUACCAUUAUACUUAAAGCUGAUCGGUAAACUUGAAUUUCUCAUUGGCGAUGACGUCCUAUCCCACUCCUGGUCAUUGCGUGAUUUCGGUGGUGCCAGCAUGGAAGAAUUACCGCCGACAGAUGCAGCCGGUGACGGGAAUGGAGGGCUUUCAUCGGCGGCAAAGCGUACAGGCGUAGAGCAAACUAAAAGGGAUAUGGUAGUGGAAAUUGAUGAGUUUUAUGAGAUGGCUGACAAUGCAUCCGGUGCAUUGGACCCCUUUCGUCAGCAAAACAUUCUAGUGGGAAGGAAUAUUCUUCAAUCAGGUUUCAGUGACUUGCUCGCUUUCGUGGCCCGGUUGAUAACGGAUGGGAUUUUUCAUGACCACCAAGUUGAAAAACCUGCGAACGAAGCACUGGACCGAACAGUGGUGAAUGCGCCGGUAUCAUCUUAUCAUGGCAGACGCCGGAUAACAAGCGUAUUCGGACAAGUAACAACGAUCAUUCAAAGUCUUGCCGCCCAUCUAGAUCCCCUGGAUCGCGAGGCCCAAUUGCGGCGAAUGUCACAAGGCGAUGUACAACAACACUGUACAGAAGAGGGUGUUCCACUGCCGUCAGUGUCAGAAGGAACGGGAACGAUGUGGCUUGUGCCAUUGAUGAAUGCAGCACAUAUGGUCAAUGACUUUCCCGUCCUCAACGCUGCUUUGAGCUGUUUGCUAAGCCUGCUCACCAGCAAGCUCUAUCCAAUUCCUGAGCCACCGCAGUUCAAUCAUUUUGUGUGUGCAGUUAUGCAAAAAUUAUGGAUGUUCCUAGGCCCUGAGGAGGUCCGAUAUCACUCUCGUGCUGUGGAGCUAAUAUGGGCUCUCUGUUCUGUAUCGAGCUCCUAUAUAAUGGAAAAUGUCAUGGCUCAACAGUUAACAAGCGGAACAUCGUCGGAGCGGCUAGGACGCUUCGAGAAGUUUGGCAUUUUCUGGAGGCUGUCGGAAGAAGCUGCGAGUCACGCUAGUAUGCUUUUCUCCCGCCCCUUAUUUAUAAUGCUUGACGCAUUGCGAAGCAAGGAUCCUCUCAUUCGCAGAGGUGGAGAAACGUGGUUCAGAUCCUAUGUCAAAUCAUAUAUCCGAAUUCUUGAUCCGUUGUUGGCGAUUCUGCUUCAUCGGGACAUCCGCCGUAUUUCAAAAAACGUUCGCGUCAGUGGCGAAGACGUGGCCCUCUUUUAUUACACAGCGCCCUUCAAUCAAGCGCAAGUGGACUACGCCUACCAGACUUUGCUAGGGAUCUUAAGUUUUGGAGAUCGGCUGUUCCUACGAUCUAUAUGGAUGGCCACAGUUAAACUACCUGAUCUUGUUAACGCUUGUCGCUGGAUGGAAGAGGACUAUAAUAUUCCAAGCAACCAUUUCACGUACGCGGAACUGCUGAUAACGCUUAGUCUGAGGUACCUUCAGAGCGAACCACUCCCGCAUGCCUCGACCAGCGAGAUCAACCUGAUAGAAUCGAUUCAAGCUCGUGCGGCUGAGUUCCUACUUAUUGUGUUAUCCCGGUCCGAUUACGCGAAUUAUCAGCUAGUGUCCGUCGUCCAAGGAAUAGUCAUUCGCAAGUUGCUGUAUUGCAUAUUCGCUUGCAAACUAGAUGUGCAGCCACGAAUGCUUCAGGUACUGCAUGGCAUUGCAGGCUUGCUCAGUUCUCAGCGAGUGGUUCACGAAGUUGGAACGGUGCCCGUCUCUACCAAAGCGGAUGUGCCUGUGUCAGCGGCAAUGGACAGUAUGUUAGCAGCGGAGAUGAGAACGGAAUCGCAAGAGCACACGGAGAGCAGCGAAACAAAGCCAAAUUCCAAUGCUACUUUUCCUCGCUUGCGCACUAUUGGCUCAUCUCCAAUCCUGGUUCGCACUUUGCUCGAUGCCCUUUCAAUACGCACCAAUCGGCCCGUGCUCCAACAUUACAUGGACUUCAUCCUUUCUUCCCUUCCCCAUCUUCGAAACUCUUUCAGAAGGAUUUUGCUCCCCAUAAUACAAUGUCUUUGUGACGAGCUACGGAAGUAUCAAGAUGGAAUGAGAAAGUAUAUGUCAUAUAGUUUCGAGCGGUUACAAAGCAAUGGAAUCGACCCAGGAGAUGAGCAAUUGUCAAUGCAAGCGUACCCCGAGCUAGAUGCGCUAGUCCUAUUGUAUGGGUUGGAGAAACUUAUCGCAUUUUGUUUGGCGGAAGGUGGUUUGGAUAGUACCGGAGCGAAAGGCGGGCCACCGGGAGCGGGAGGGACCAGCUUCAAAUUUUUCACAGGCUACGUUGCCAGCGUCUUUGGUAGCGAUGAAAGGGGUCUGGAAGCAGAGACGGCGCAGCAACGGAUGACGGAAGUAGUUUUGAACCUACUGCCGUCAAUCUUGAGGAAUUUGCAGGAGCUGUAUGGGUUGUUUGACGUAUGUUCGACUGAAGGGCAAUCCAUGGAAUCCCGUAACCAGCUCGAUCAAAGCAACGCUCAAGAAAGCAUGGGCAUGUCCUUCACAUUUCUGAGGGAUCGUUUACGUUUUCGAAUCCGUAAAGUCUUGGAAGCCACUUACAAAUUACAUUCGGCAGAUACCAUCGAGUCGUUAAUUGAGGUAUGGCUCGCGGAAAAUGGGGGUCACGUUGACAAGGAGGAGAAGGCGCUGAAGCGAACCGCUAUCGCAAUGAUGGAGGUGAUUCACGGAAGUACUCCAAGGUCGAUAGUGACCACAGUCCUUGACAUAUUGAAGGAACGCGGGGUAAUUCUUCAAGGAACCAGUCAAAGAGAUCGCAUAAAGAAGGCAUCUCUGAAAGCGCGGACUUUACCAGACAUAUCAUUGGUGCUAUUUCUGGAGAAAUACUGCGCGCUUUGGGCUCCAGCGGAAACCCUCAAAGAGACGUGGCCCUAUGUGGCCGCAUACGUGAAAGAGGCUAGCGCCCAAGCGUCUGCAUAUAAACAUUUGUUUUUGCCUAUCUUGAGACUUUUGAACGUGUACUUUGAAAAGUUCGCCACUCUACCACAGUUUGAAGACAAGCGUAUUUUGCGCGAAGCAGAGGACUUGUACCAGAAGGUCUGCGAUUAUUGCAUCUUAAUAGCCGGGCGAUCUUUUGACCAGGGAUCAUGGCGGAAAAGUGUUCAAGCGGCCGACACAGAUACUGCCAACGCUGAUCAGGUCGGCAUUGGCAUCGGAGGGCGCGGAGAUGCAACUGCAGUUUUGCCAUUGCCGGAGAUAGACCAUAUGGUAAAACGCUUGAGCAAGGUUUCUGAUGAAUCGCUGGUGCAGGAGGUGGUGGUGUUUUUUGGCAGCUCUCUUGUACCAUCACUACGCAGAUUUCUGCUAGAUCAAGACCGUAUAUUAUCAAUUCUAAGUAACAUGGUAUACUACAUCGUCGCACCCCUGUUCAGAAAUAAGCAAAGCGUGAAGGCACUGCUCAAUCCCAUUUUGGAGCUUGUUUGUGCCAUGACGACCUUGCCUGCUGCGCACAGAGCUUGGCGUCGGGAGGCAUGGGAUGCAUUUCUAGACCCGAAGUUCUUUGAGAUGGGCAUCGUGGCAAGUAGGAAAUGGCGUGUGAUAGUACAAGCAAUGGUGUCGUCAGAUAAGGAGAAGAUAGCUGAUCUUAUAGGGCGGAUAUCGGCUGUUCCGUCCGCCACGCUCUUUAUGUCAAAGGAUCAGGAGACAACAAUACGGGCAUAUGCAGUUCGACGCCUGUCCUUUGUCAUUUUCAGUGGGACGAUGGAUCAGUAUGUUCCUCAAUUGCCAGGUAUACAAGAGAAACUGGUGGACAUUUUCAAAGUAAAAUCGGAUGUCAUGCAUAUUGAGGCGUAUUUGUGCUUGCGGGUUCUGCUUUGCAGGAUUUCUACGCAUCAUUUGGCAAAUUUUUGGCCAACCGUUUUGACAGAAUUGAUACGUGUGUUUGAAAUGUAUUUAAGGGGCGAUGAAGCUCGCAGCGCGGAGAGCACGGCAGCCUUUUUGGCUGCUUGCAAAUUUUUGGAUCUGCUGUUAGUUUUGCAGAUUGAGGAAUUUCAAUGGCAUCAAUGGAUCUUCAUCACGGAAACAUUGGAAGUAUUGCAAGAUGCCAAUAACGCAGCGGUGCGACCGGUGGCAUUUGUGGACAAACUCUACACGAAGUGGAGUGGGCAACUGAACGAUUCGUCAAUGUGGACCCAACCGUCAAUCGAUAGUUAUCCACUUGAGGGGCUUCGCCCAGUGUCAGAUGAUCUAGCAACGUCCUUGCAUCAUCAAGUACGACGACGACCUCUACUGACGGCUCGAUCCAUUUCGGACAAGCGUGAGCUACUUCCUUUCUUCCAGUCGGCGAGCAGAUACAUCUACGAGACCACAUAUUCACUAGCGAAGCCCGACAUCGAACUCGUAGAAAAUAUGUUGGAGGCUGAAUUUUUAUUUGUUGACGAUGCAGCUAUUCCUGGGUUCGAUAGCACACCAAGGACGUCCCUCACUUUGACUGAGUCAGGAGGAGCAGGGUCUCCUGGUGCCUUUGGAGGACGCGAGGCGGGGGCAGACGUGAGCGGCGGAGUGAUAGAUCUGAAUUCCCCAAAUCAUCCAGCAGUGAAGGAGAAUGAAAAUAGAACCUAAUUGUACAUUAGACUACGCACCAGACGACUAUGGAAGUCACCUGACGACGGAACGAAUGCGGUAUAUAUUGUGCAUGAAAUCUACAAUGUUAAGAACAAAUUACUCCACGUGGGUGGCCCUGCUCGCCGAGGUCUCCUACGUAGACUAUCACACAGA